AUGUACUUACUGGUAGAAAUCCCUAUUGACCAAAAUGUACAACCAGUAUCACAGCCAUACCGGAGAAUACCAUUGCCUCUAGAACAAAAAGUUGAGAACAAGAUCCAAGACUUACUUGCUCGAGACAUCAUUGAAGAAGUUAAUGGACCUUCACGAUGGGUGUCUCCAAUGGUGCCCAUUAUAAAAGAAAAUGGAGAUUUGCGGCUGUGUGUGGAUAUGCGACGUGCCAAUACCGCUAUUUUAAGGGAAAAUCAUCCUUUGCCAUGUAUGGAUAAACUAUUACCGGAAAUUGGGAAAGCUAAAUAUUUUAGUAAGCUUGAUAUCAAGGACGCUUUCCACCAGUUGGAAUUACACCCGGAUUGUAGACACAUAACCACCUUUAUAACAGCUAAAGGGCUCUACCAAUAUAAAAGACUCAUGUUUGGAAUUUCUUGCGCUCCGGAGAUAUUUCAAAAAGUUUUGGAAAAGCUUUUAGUUAAAUGUGACGGAGUGUUAAACUUCAUAGAUGACAUAUUAGUUUUUGGAGACAAUGAAGAGCAACAUGACAUGCGACUGGCAAUGGUGUUGGAAGUGCUUAAGGAGAAUGACAUACUACUCAAUGAACAGAAGGUCCAUUUCUUGGGACACGAACUAUCACCAAGUGGAGUGAAACCAUUGCCAAAGUAUAUGGAGAGCAUUUCUAACUUCAGGCUUCCGGCAACAAUAGAAGAACUACAGAGCUUUUUAGGACUUGUGAAUUAUGUAAACAAGUGGUUGCCUAAUUUAGCCACCAGAACGGAACCUUUAAAAGAAUUGUUAAGGAAAAAACUGGGAAAAAAGGCUGACAUCAAACCAUAUUGGACUAGCGAGCAAGACAGGGCAUUUACAGAGCUGAAAGAGGCACUAAGUAAAAUACAAUCGCUAGGAUAUUACGAUAUUAAUGACAAAACCCAAGUUAUUGCUGACGCGAGCCCUGUUGGCCUUGGAGCUAUUUUAAUACAAACUGAUUCAAAUGGCCCGCGAAUAAUCGCGUAUGGAAACCGGACAUUAACAGACUGCGAAAGAAAAUACAGUCAAACUGAGAAAGAGGCUCUUGCACUAGUUUGGUCUGUUGAACAUUUUAAUAUAUUUCUCUUCGGCAAGAAGUUUGAUCUCAUUACAGAUCACAAGCCAUUGGAAAUAUUGUUUGGACUAAAAUCAAAGCCUUGUGCACGCAUUGAACGUUGGGUGCUGAGACUCCAAUCAUAUGAUUAUAACGUAACCUACAGGCCAGGAAAGGUGAAUAUCGCGGAUCCGUUAUCUCGCCUAUGCAAAUUGAUAGAUGCACAAUCUAAAGGAGGAGACGAACACAUACAUCAAAUUGUGGAGCAAGCAAGACCACAUGCGACUUCAAUGUCUGCCAUUAUUGAAGCUUCGGUGAAUGAUGAAGAAGUAAGAGGCGUUAAAAAGGGAGUCUAUGAAAAAGAAUGGAAUGAGACCGUCAAAGGUUAUAAAAUAUUUGAGAAUGAACUAUGUUUCUACGGUGAUAUUUUACUUCGAGGAAACCGAAUUGUGAUACCUCAGAAAUUGAGGAAAGGAGUACUGGACGCUGCGCACGAAGGCCACCCUGGGAUUGUCGCAAUGAAGGGUAGGCUCAGGUCAAAGGUGUGGUGGCCAAGAAUCGACAAGGAUGCAGAAAAUUUGGUUAAAUCCUGCAAGAGUUGCACCCUAGUAGGCUUACCAAAUCCUCCAACACCCCUGAAGAGACGCGAACUUCCUUUAGCUCCGUGGGUUGAUGUCGCGAUGGAUCUUUUAGGACCUUUACCUAACAAUGACUACCUGCUAGUUGUAGUAGACUAUUAUAGCCGCUAUAAAGAAGUUAAAAUCAGCAAGAUAGUAACCAGUUGUCAAAUUAUAAAGCUGCUCAAAGAAAUUUUUAGCAGGCUAGGUUACCCUGUCUCAAUAACUGUAGACAACGGCCGGCAGUUUGUGAGCGAAGAGUUUCGAUCGUUUUGCGAAGAAUGCAAUAUCAUCGUUCACAACACGGUACCGUAUUGGCCCCAGAUGAACGGAGAGGUCGAAAGACAGAAUCGUGACAUAAUGAAACGCCUCAAGAUCAGUCAUUUGGAGAAAAAGGACAUUAAAGAAAGUUUGAUGGAGUACCUAUUAAUGUAUAACAGUACGCCCCAUUCAUCCACAGACAAGUCACCAUCAGAACUGUUCUUUAGACGACAGAAUAGAGACAAGAUUCCAUCUAUUGAUAGAUUUGAAAGCACUACUGUUGACCUGGGGGUACGAGAGCGUGAUAAGAUACAGAAAGAAAAAGGGAAAGAAUAUGCAGACAAAAGAAGAGGUGCUACUGAGUCUAGUCUAGCUGAAGGAGAUAAAGUAUAUGUCAAGAAUAUGGACAAAGGACAUAAACUCAGCUCAAACUACAAUCCAACACCUUAUACGGUACAAAGUGCUACUAGAGGCGACAUCUCAGUGAAAAAUGAUAUAACAGGGCAAGUACUGAGGAGAAAUGUAGUUCACCUGAAAAGAGUAGAAGGACAGUGGGAAGCUGUGCAGAGGAAAGACCAGGAAGAAGGAACUGGUGGGGAACAAGGUGAUAGUAAUAAUGAGCUGUGA